CCGCGUGGGGAGAGGCUGCAGCCACAGCAGCUGAAGUCUGAAUGAGUCCGUCUGUCCUGCCGGCCGGAGUCGCUACGCAGCGGUCAGGGAAUGAGGGUCCCUGGGGUGGACAUGCAGCCUCUGCCCAGCUGGGAGCCAACCCCCUGCAGCCCGAGGCCCGCGGCUGACGUCCUGAGGCUGGCCCUGAGCCUCCUCCUUCUGACAGCCAUGCCCUGCGCACUGGCGAUGCCCUCGUGCAAAGAGGUGGAGUUCCCGAAGGGGGCCUUGUGCUGCCCCAAGUGCUGGCCAGGCUACCGGGUGCAGGAGUCCUGCGGGGAGCUCUGGAGCAUAGUGUGUGUGCCCUGCACCCGGGGCACCUACACUGCCCACCUCAAUGCCCUGCGCGAGUGUCUGCCCUGCCGCGUCUGUGACCCAGGCCUGGGCCAGGUGACCAGACGGAAGUGCUCCGCCCAGACCAACACCGUGUGCGGCUGCGGGCGCGGCCACUUCUGUGAGAAACAGGACGGGGACUCCUGCGUCCAGUGCAGGCCCCACAGCAUCUGCCGCCCGGGCCAGAGGCUGCGGGAGACAGGCACCGAGUGGCAGGACACGCUGUGUGAAGACUGCCAGCCGGGCACCUUCUCUGCGGGGGGCACCCAGGCAGCCUGCACGCCCUGGACCAGGUGCAGUGGCCCAUUAGCCUGGGAAGCGACGCCUGGGACCAACAGCUCAGACGUGACAUGCUCCCCCUGGGGCCCCGUCAUCAUCAUCAGCGUCAUCCUCGUCAUCGCUGUCAUUUCUGUGCCCCUUGUGCUCAGGGCCAUCAGGGACAGAAGGUCACGUGGACAACUCUCCCGAAGAAAAGCCUUUCCUGGGGUAUUGCUGCCUGUCCCCAGCUUGGAGGGGACAGGAGAGCGGGCAGAAAGGAACAGGCGUCGGGACCUGCAGGCCUCCCGGGUCCAGCCAGACGUCACCACGGAGCCCGCGGAGGAGACAGCAUCCGUGUUCCCUCAGAGGGACCGCCAGCUGACACAUGGCUGCGGGAUGCAGAUGCCUGAGCCAUCCCCGCGAGGCUGCGAGCAGCGGCCAGGUCCCCAAGGACCAGCCAUGGGGUCAGGGGAGCCACCAGGACCUGCUGGAAUCCAGCUCCAGCAUGUGAGCUGGGCUGAAUCAUCGGGAGGGGGCUGAGGGUAUUUCCCCAAACCUGAACAGGAUGCAUAAAGGAUUGCUGGCUGCCAGGCAGCUGAGGGCAUUUCAGUCUACAUGUUAUUGCCUCCUGCUGGCCAAACACCUGGACAGCCGUAGGCAGUUCCCCCAUCUGACAAUCGACUCUGUGUACUAGCCCUGCCCUUUGAUGUAUAUCUGCCUCCCUUUAGGGCAAAGUGUGUUAAUAAAUAGCAAGGGGUCCUGAGACAAGGAGCACUUAGUUUCUU